AUGGGUUCGGUGCUGCCUGCAGAAGCAUUCGGGCUGAAAUCGGGACUGAAGAGUUCCCAGAGUCGCUCUGUCCUGUCCGACAUCAUCACCUCCGACAUCCUGCACAGCUUCCUCUACGGCCGCUGGAGGAACGUGCUCGGGGAGCAGCUCCUGGAGGAGAGAGCCGCCACUGUCAGCCCAAGAACCGCUUUCACCGCCGAGGUGCUCGCACAAUCCUUCACUGGGGAAGUGCAGAAGCUGUCCAGUCUGGUCCUACCCAGUGAGGUCAUCAUUGCGCAGAGCUCCAUCCCAGGAGAGGGGCUCGGGAUCUUCUCCAAGACUUGGAUCAAAGCUGGUACUGAAAUGGGCCCCUUCACCGGGAGGGUCACCUCCCCUGAGCACGUGGAUUUGCUGAAGAACAACAACUUAAUGUGGGAGGUGUUCAACGAUGACGGCACGGUGCGCUACUUCAUCGACGCGAGCCAGGAGGACCACCGGAGCUGGAUGACCUACAUCAAGUGCGCGCGCAACGAGCAGGAGCAGAACCUGGAGGUGGUGCAGAUUGGCAGCAGCAUCUACUACAAGGCGCUCGAGACGAUUCCGCCAGACCAGGAGCUGCUGGUGUGGUAUGGGAACUCCCACAACACCUUCCUUGGCAUCCCCGGAGUCCCCAGCGCUGACGAGGAGCAGCAGAGGAAAGGCAGAAAUGACGAUGCACACCACAGUGACGGCUCAUCCUCCUCCUCCUCCUCCUCCCCCUCCUCGUUACCCUCCGCCUCUUCCUCCUCGAGCCGAAUGCGCUGCGUGAUCUGCCACCGUGGCUUCAACUCGCGCAGCAACCUGCGCUCUCACAUGCGCAUCCACACGCUGGACAAGCCCUUUGCCUGCCGCUUUUGCAGCCGGCGCUUCAGCCAGUCCUCCACGCUGCGCAACCACGUGCGCCUGCACACCGGCGAGCGGCCCUACAAGUGCGACGUCUGCCAGAGCGCCUACUCGCAGCUGGCAGGGCUGCGCGCCCACCAGAAGAGUGCCCGCCACCGGCCCGUUGCUGCGGCUGCGGCUGCUGCCGCCACGUCGGAUGCCACCACCACGGCGGUCACUGGUGUGGCUGCUGUGUCUGCUGUGUCUGCUGGCCCAUCUCCCCCUCCAGUCCUGCAGAUGGCUCCACCGCCCCCCAUGCCACACCCGGCCAUCUCGCUCAUGCACCACCACCACCAUCACCACCACCAACACCACAUCCCCACCAUGGUGCUCUGA